UUUUGUGUUGACUCUGUAGCUAGUUAGCUAACUACCAUAACCUUGUUUUCUCUAAAUACCUCUGGUAUUUAUAUUUAUUCGAAUAGCUUCAUAUACAGUAAAUGCUACAACUUAAAUCUCGAAAUUAUAAAAAAUGUUAUCAGGACCGUCAUGGAGAGAGACAACUUCCAACAGUAGCUAGCUUGCUAACGUAAGCUAGAUAGCUUCCUAGCCUUUUGCUAGACUGGAUCGUAACACUGACUCACCUGAACAAAAGUAGCUAAACGUUACCAACUCUUAACUGUAGCUAGCUACACAUAGACAGUUUGCUAUGAUGUCUGAAGCCAUCGUAACCUUCCAGUCUCAGCUCUCCGGAGUCAUGGAGACGGUAUUCAAGGCUGCUAUGUACGAGAUCACCAGGCUGGUGGAGGAUAGCUUCCUCAAGGAGGUGUCCCGGAGCCGGCAGCAGGUCGAGUCACUCAAGAAGCGGCUGCAGUUGUCGGAGAACAGGCGUACGGAUGGGGACAGAGAGCUCGACCGUACGGGGAAGUGUGCGGACUGUGGGAGAGCUGACGAGGAAGCCGAGGAGAGAAGCUCUGGAACCUCACAGACAGGUGUGGAGAGGGGGCGUGGCCUGAAGCAGGAGAAGGUACCAGGGGAGGAGUGGAGCAGCUGUGGGGGCGUGGCCAGGGAAACAGCCUUAAAUGAUCUGGAGGAGGCAGAGGCUACCAGCCCUAGGAGAAUCUCUGAGGUAGGUAGGGGACUGACUAAACACAUGGAGGCUGAGGCCACCAGCCCUAGGAGAAUCUCUGAGGUAGGUAGGGGACUGACUAAACACAUGGAGGCUGAGGCCACCAGCCCUAGGAGAAUCUCUGAGUCCACAGAGGUCGGAGGUCAGAAGCUGGACAGUCUGCUGAAAGAGGAGGCUCUCCACAACACUGAGCUACAGGAGAGAUGGGAGUUCUGCCUGGAUGGGGCCGAUGGUUCAGACGUCUCGGGGCCCAGUAAGAGUUUUAUUCAGCAGGAUCUACAGCGGUGCCAGGAUGACUGGGGGUCCGCUCUAGACCAGGGGCCUGAACCACCGGGCCCCGAGGGAGAGCCAGAGGACCCCACCGACCCUCUCUACCGCCCCCGCUACAGCAUGGAGGACCUUGGGGGCGCCUUUGAGAAGUCUGGUUACAGCGGUGAUGGUGGUAGCGACCAUCUUCUAGACAUGGAAGGGCUGGAUAGGCUUCCUGGUUCUCCGUCUCGUCUGGGGGCGCUGACCUACGGAGCUGUGGGUCACUACCAGGUGAACCUGGGGGGGUCUGAGGGGGGAGACCAUCACCAUCGCUCCCACAUGCCUCGCUCCCAUCAGAGCCGGAGGGAGCAGGUGGGGUCGCCAACGCCAUCCCCCCACCCGGAGGUGGGAGGCCGGAACUGCCUGUUGAUAAACGAGGAGGGGUACCUGCAGGACUCCAGUGUCUUGUACCCAGAACACGGUGUCCCAGAGUCAGGUAGUAGAGCCGGCCACAGGGGGCUAACCUCCAUCCACUCUGGGAGCUCAGCCCACAACAACAACACAGAGAGCCUGUAUGGUGCUGCUGAUGACUUUGGACUCUCUUUAAACCUCAGAGAUCGUUCACAAGAGCAGGUAACAGGAGGAGGGGGGAGGCGUCAUGCCUGCAAUCAAUGUACCAUGACCUUCCCAGACUUUGGUUCCCUCAAGGCCCACAAGCAGACACACAAAACUGGUAGAGAGUCAGGGUCUGGGCCUCCAUACUCCUGCACCCAGUGCGGUAAGAUCUUCACCCAGGCCUGCAACCUCAAGGUCCACCAGCGAGUCCACCAGGCAGAGGGACUUCACCUCUGCAGCCACUGCGGCAAGGGCUUCACCUCCUUCUCCGACCUGAAGAGGCACAAGUGCAGCCAGACCACAGACAAGCCCUACUGCUGCUCCAUCUGUGGGAACAAGUUCAGUCGGCUCUGGAACCUCAAGCUGCAUCAGCGCAUUCACACGCAGGAGAAACCCCACCGCUGCACUAUGUGUGACAAGAGCUUCACACGCGCAGACAUUUUGAAAGUGCACCUGCGCAUCCACACCGGGGAGAGACCUUACUGCUGCGCUGUGUGUGGACUCCGCUUCAAACGACUGGACCAUCUGAAGUUGCACCAGCGCAAACACAGGCCGGAUCUCCUGAACUGAAUUAAAAAAAGUUACAUUUUUGUUAUUUAGCAUAUGCUUUUAUCCAAAGCGACUUACUUUUCAUUCAACUUAGUUGGUUCGUUAUUAUUUUAUUUGACAUUGAGAAAAAAAAUGUUUUUGAUCAAUUGUUUAUUAAUAAGGACAUUGAAAAUAUGAGCUGUUGGAAAUCUAACCAUGUGUUGAAUAAGAAUGUAUGCCUUAAAUGAUACAUUGUCUGUGAAUUGUCUGUCAUAAUGACCAUGCCAACCUACCAAACAUUAGAAUAAUACUGCUUUCAUGAAGUCUGCAGUGGUGUAAAGUACUUAAGGAAAAAUACUUUAAAGUACUACUUAAGUAGUUUUUUGGUGUAUCUGUGCUUUACUAUUUAUGUUUUUUACAACUUCUCCUUUUACUUCACUACAUUC